AUGAAGUGGUUGUUAGGAUUGUUUCUCUGUAUCUGUGCUACCCAGGCGACUGUUCGCCGAUCCCCUCAUGCGGAUUACGUCGAGGAACUAUACAGGCUGGACGCUCAGGGUUCCCGUUACUCUACCAAUGUAACUGAAGAUGCUCUUCUGGAUAUUGUUGGACUUAUCACGAAAUAUGGAUAUCCAGUUGAAGUUCACAAGGUCGUUACUGAAGAUGGCUAUAUCUUAGAAAUGCAAAGAAUUCCUCAUGGACGUGACCAGAACAACCGACCCGACCCUAGGAAACCAGCUGUUUUGGUUAUGCAUGGACUUUUUGCUUCUGCUGCUGACUGGGUUCUGAUGGGUCCAGGUCUUGGCUUAGCAUACAUUUUGGCUGAAGCUGGUUAUGAUGUGUGGCUUGGAAACGCACGUGGUACAUAUUACUCCAGAGCUCACACUAAAUUAGACCCGGACAAUGACUCAGAGUUUUGGAAAUUCAGUUGGGAAGAAAUAGGUACCCGAGAUCUGCCUGCUAUGAUUGAUUACACUUUGAAAGUUGCUGGAAAAAGACGACUUCAUUAUAUUGGUCACUCACAAGGAACUACUGUCUUUUGGGCUAUGGGAUCUUUGAGACCUGAAUACAACAGCAAAAUUAUUGCUAUGCAAGCUUAUGCUCCUGUAGCUUACUUAGAAUUUAAUGCAAACAGAUUACUUAAACUUAUUGCUCCACAUGCCAACAGUAUUGAGGCACUUACAAGUCUCAUUGGAAUAAAUGAGCUAUUCGGCAGAUCUGACUUCUUUACGAACGUGGGAAUGAGAUUUUGCGCUGAUGGCGUAUUUUUCCAGGCGAUGUGCACAAAUAUGUUAUUCGCUUUUGCUGGACGCAGUGAAGACAUGCACAAUGCGACUAUGUUGCCUGUGAAACUAGGACAUACACCCGCAGGCAUUGCUGUCAGGCAGAUAGCGCAUUACGGUCAACUCAUCAACAACAAUUUCUUCAGACGAUAUGAUCACGGACGUUUGAAAAAUUGGAGGGUUUACAGAAGUUUCACACCGCCAAGAUAUGACCUGUCUCUUAUAACCGCCCCUGUAUUUCUACACUACGUUGACGACGACAUCUUUGCUGAUGUAAGGGAUGUCAGAAAACUACAGAUCGAAUUGGGUCGUCCAGUUGGAAUGUUCAGAGUACCACAUGCAACUUUCAGUCAUCUUGAUUUCAUGUGGGGAUCAGGUGCCAAGGAAUUACUAUAUGACAGAACGAUUCAAAUAAUGAGAUCACUAGGGGACGAAUAAAAACUAUUAUAAUUGGCAACUACGGACUGCUAUUUUGUUGAAUAAAUUUAUUGUCUCAUUGC